AUGAAGUACUCUCUCUGCAUCGCUGCCCUCAUCUCCGUCGCCCUUGCCGUGACGCACGAGGAGCACCAAGCCUUCAUCCGCCGCCAGAGCAACGUCCAAAACUCUGUCAGCGCCAACGUACCGGCCAUGACGGACCAGAACGGCAACGUCGUCCCCUUUGACGCGUCCAAGGUCUACAUGGCCGGCCAGGCCGCAGGUCUCUAA